GCGAGCUGAGAGCAGGAGAGAGCGUGGAGGAGAGGAGGCGUUGACAGCGGCUAGCAGGAGCCCGGCCGCCAGGGGAUGCUGCGGGCGUAUGAUUGGCUGGCUUCGGGUGCUAGUGCGGAAGAAGCCUAGCGCCGUAGCAUCUACCUGCUCCUGUAUAUACAUAGACAUACAAGUGCACAUAUCCGUGUAUAUACAUGGCUUGUAUAUCGGCGUAUAUAUACAAGUCUAUACAUGUGUGCAUGUACAUUAUCUGGCCAUUCCACGGCGGUUGCUGUAAUGCUGCCUG